GUUGAAAAACCGCUAAACCAGACGAGAAAAUCGAGUUUUCCUUUUCAAAGAAAUCUUAUUGAGUUUCGUGCUUUAGUUAAAGUUCAGAGUGAUACCGAGUAUCUAAACUUGCGAAAAUGGGUGAAGCAUCUCCAGAUGACAUGUGGACGCCUUUUAAGCACUUGCAACUCGUAGUAGAGUCAUAUUUAUCGUGUUCGGAAGCAAACUUGUCUGAGCUGGAAGUCAUCUUGCGAAGACACAAACAAAAUUUUAGUACACUGUUGAGGAAUCCGCCGAAAAACAGUAAAAGUCGUGAGGAAAUUCGACAAGCCAUAACCGAUGGCAUCAAUUUGCCAGGGUUGGGUCACACAAUCCUUUCGAAGGACCUGGUCGACGAGAGCAUCAUCAUUUCCGAUAUGUACGAUAUGAAUGAGUUUAUAGCGCUUGAGCUCUUGUGUACGGCACAACAACAAAUGCCAAAUCAUCCCGGUUUGCCUCGUGGUUUAGUUGCCAUUUUGUUGUAUUACGAUGGACGCAAGGCUCUUGUUACGGCACUCAAAGAUUUGAUGCAAGCAAGGAACGGCAUUUCCUGGUGCACCGAUGCUUCGCAGGAGAUAACUCAGUUUGUAACAAACUAUACCGACGGACUAGUUGGCGAUGGGUUGUUGAAUACGAUAAUCGAUUUGUUGGAUAAGCUUGAUGUUUCCAAAGAAAUGGAAUUACUCAGUAAUAAUCGAGCAUUGGGUCCACCUAAGCACCAUCGUCAAGUGCUGGACCUUUUCGAAGAUGUGCGUGUUCUUUUAGCAACUUGUCUAUUCAACUAUUCAGCACAAUCUGGAUUACCCAAAGAAACGGUAACAAAGCUCAUAAACUUCUUGUCCAAAUAUAAGCCAUCUACAUCGGUGGGAGGCAUCGGAGAUGUUACGUUAGCACUGCAAAUGGCCUUGAUGUAUGCCACAGACUUGAGUGUGAUGCAUCGCCAUGAAGAUGGCGAAGAUAUCGCUAAAACAUUGCCAAUUGUAAAGGAUCCCGAUUUUAUUGAAACAAUCCUUGAAAAUUUGUCACAACAAUGGGAGUGUGAGGGACUACGGGCGCUCACAAUGUUUUCAUUUGGCUUGGCGAUCGCUACACUUCGUUUGCCAUCACAAACUGUCUUCAGCAACCUUUCAAGGCAGAAUGAUCACGAUGAGAUACUCGUUGACGCUGCAAUACAGAGCAAAGUUUUUGACUUUAUCCACUACACCUUACUCGAUAACGAGCAAGUUUUCAAGAUUGAGUUUUACUACAGACGAUUGCAUUUCCUCUUUACCGACUUUAUUGAGCUGAUGCAUUCCAAAGUCACAGAACUACGUGCACGCGCUGAUGAAACAGCAAGAACGGUCCAGGCAUUCCAGGCACAAGGUGUCGAGCCACCUAGCAAUUUGUGUCGGAGCUUCGAAACACUUCUCCUGGCUGUCGGGAAACUCUACAAAACUGAUAAACUUGGAUUGAAUUUGAGUCUCGAAUACUGGGGACCGUCUGAGGCCAUCAAUUCAAGCUAUCACCGUUCUGCAACACGAUCCGUUUGUUUGUUCAAAUUUAUUCGUUUGGCCGGAGAAAUAUUGCCACCUAUACUCUUUGUACCAUACUUGAAAAUGAUCGCUGGCUUAUCGUCAAAUCCUGAAUCUGCACGAAAUGCCUUCAAUUUGCUCAAACAAGGCUCGGGUACAUCUGGCAACACCACUAUAUCAUGGGAUCAUUUUUUCAAUUCAUUCGCCAAAUAUUACGCCAACUUGCGUCAAGAGCAAAAUCCCGGUACCGAGACAAUCUACCGCAGCCGAGUAUUGAAUCGAAGUAUCAGUCCUGAAGAAAUAGCUGGAUUGCAAGCUGUAUUGAAAGUUAUUCAAGCUGUUGCGACUCACGACGAAGUCGCCCGCACAGCUUUGUGCGAGCAUCCUGGAUGGUCACCGUUGCACGUAUUGCUGGGACUCGUCAGCAGCAGUAUUAUUAUUCCUCUAAAGACUGAUUUGGUACUUGCAUUAGCUGCCCUUGCCAAGUCAAAAGAAACGGCACUACAGUUAUGGGGCAAUUUGGAAGCAAGUCAAAUUAUCGUAACGAUUCCCACUACCGCCGCUUUCAGUAGUCGCGGAAUAGAGUCCGAAAUUGAAGAAGUAGAGAGUCGCAACGAAUAUUACCCACUUACACAAGCUGUGUUGGAGUUACUUUACAACUUGUCUGAUGCCGUUGUACCAAGAAAUUUGGGAGCUGGAAAUCGCCGACCAGGUCUCGAUCCGUAUCUGACUUUCAUCAUUAAUACCGUAUUUUUGCGGUUCUACAGUAGAAAUUACAAGGAUGUGGGAGAAAAAUGGGCCAUUGCUGCAAAAACUCUACGAAUCCUAGACAUGUAUCUGAAGACAUACGAAGUCAAUCCAGCAGAUUUUCCCGUGCAAAACAGCACGAAAGAGGAAAAUCCAUUGCCUGGAUUCCAUAUUUUGUUGCAAAUGCACACAAAAUCAGAUUUCUUACGUCUUCUUUUACUCAUAUUAGAUGAAGCUGCUUGUUUGUUUGAAAGUUACACACCAUUCCCUGGAAAGGAACAUCUUCAAGAAGCAUGUCGAUAUGCGUUAAAUAUCGUCGAACGAGCAUUACAACAACAGGACGUCUUUUUCGAGGCACAUUUCACAUCAAACUGUUCGGUUUUGUUGUCGGGACUCAACAAGUUACUGCAAGGCGUUAAUCCACGCAGUGGCAAACCUGAUCAUCUCUUGAAUAUAGCCAAAUUUGUGACCUUCAAUUCAUGGCUGCCAGCUCAGUCGUUGCUGGGAAUUCAAAUAUUGACCCACGUUAUUCGACAACCCAGUGUAAAUGGACAUUUGCUCGGACUAUUUUUGCAAAGUGAAAAAACAAAAUUAGAAAUUCGACAUGGUUUUGUGGAAUGUAUAGAAAAUGAAGCGAUAAUUGAAAAUUAUAAUCAAAUGAGUUUGAGUGAGGCUGCCAUCAUUUUGUUGCAAGAAUCAAUGCCACAAUCAGCUCCUAAUUUGGCACAGUACCUCUUGGGAUUCGAUGUGACUAAAGACAUGCGAAACACAAAGCUACAUCAUCCUGGAGUUUUAGAUUUUCCAAGCACCUGUACCAAAUCACUAAUUAACUUGUUGGAUUUAGUCAUAGCGAAUCGUGGAAAGCAUUUCUCAGAGGAUAAACAACGUUUAAACGAAAGAGCUUACACACUUUUGUACACCUUGUGCGUUGAUAUGCGAACUUCUGACAUUAUGCUUCGCUAUCUUCGUUCUUGCAACGAUUUUCUCGGAAGACAUGUGUCCGCACUUCCUUUUGCUAACACAACAAAUGCACAUGUUCUAAAUCAAAUGUCUCACCUACUAAAAUGUGUCGCAAUCGAGCUAAAACAUACUGCAGCUGGAAAUCAAAUCACUACUUUUGGUAAUUUAUGCAAAAUCUUAUUGGGAGUUGUACAAAAUCAAAUUGUUGAUCCAUCACCUGCGGAACUUUCGCAUAUGCAUUCGUCUUUUGUCGGAUCAAACAACAUAAUGGAGACACCUGCACGAAACAAAAGAAACGCGGAGCCUAAGUUGCUUCUGUGUCAACUUUUGGAAAGUGUGGAUGUUGAAUUGAAAUCUGUAGAGAAACCUAAGUGGGACUUUUUUGAUGCUUUAAUGUUGCAAGGACUGAUCAAAUCAUGCGAAGUUUCAUCAAAUUCAAGUACCAAAUUGAUCAACAUAAAAAAAUUGCAUGACGUCCUUAGAGACGAAAUCAAUUCUGUGCAAAAUACUUUGGUCAUGGGACAUUUGAAUCAAAUCUUAGUUGAAAUGGAACAAGUUCUCGAUUACGGAUUGGCAUUGAAUGCGCAGAGAACGACGUCGUCAGCUACAGUGGGCUUCCUGGAGUCUUGGGGUCAAGUGACAGAAAUAUUGUUUUUAGUUGCACCCCAGUUUGUCAUUUCUAAUGACUUGAAACAAUCUCUAAUAUUGGAGAUUAUGCAGGUGCUUCUCACUAAGCUCGUAAAAGCACAAAUUCCACCAGAGCUGGCCAGCACAAGUUCAAAUACUGUUCUCAUGCUAUUGGUAAGCUUACGAGGAUGUUAUUCAACAGAGUCAACAACAAAUUUGGAAAACACAUUAAAUACAACCACUGCUCUUAGCGUAAGCCAAUUACUUACUUUAAACGGUCCACAAAAGGCUACAAUAACUAGUCAAAGCACCAACACAUUGAGUUUGAAGUUUAUCCUGCGAAAUAUCAUUGAAUGGAUAAUUGUGAGUGGAUUGGCAUCACAAAGACUCCGAAUAAAUUUAUAUGCGUCUUUGUUGAACUUCAUGCACAUUGUCAAAGAAACUGCUCCCAAAGAGGUUGUUGAAGAUCAAUUUUCGAACGAAUAUGUAUCUCGUCUUGACAAAUCAAUCAUAACAAGCAAAAAUAAUGGGCAAGAUAAUUCUGAUCAGAUGGAGAUGACUAUUGAAGUUCUCUCAUCGUAUGGAGACAAACUUGUAGAUGUUUUGUCGCAUGACUGCAUUGGUGGACACGAUGUUUGUAAAAUGUUAGCUUUAUCUUGCAUUGACAUGUUGCUCGAUCUAGAUCCAAUGUCCAACUUUGUGCAGUUUUUGUCACGACGGGGUUACUUGAACAACAUUAUUGACAGCCUGCUCAAGAUCGAUACACAAUUGUGCAAAGUUUUGGAUGUAAAGCCGGAUACUCUCAAGUACCUCUAUGUGUACGAGUCGAAGAUGUCAAUGUUGAGUCGUGUGGCUAGUAGUCACAUCGGUGCCGAAUUGUUGUUGGAAAGCAAGAUACUAAGUGUUCUGGCCAGCAUGAAAGUGUUCGAUCUUCAUCCAGAUUUCCAAGUGCAUAAUUAUUUGACGAUAUCACAAGACAAUUCUACUUUUAUUCCGCCAGUCGAGACACGAUACCAACAAAUCCUUCUGCCAGCCCUCGGCUUAUGUGAUGUCAUUCUUACUACUUUGGGAACCGAGAAUCAUUCAACUAUCGCACAAAUCAUUUAUUUUCUUUUGUCUCACAGUGACAUGAUAGAAAUGGUUUUACGAGCUGGAACGCCGCUUUUGAACGUUGGUUUGUUGCAGGAACUAUCAUCAAUCACAAACAUCAUUGCUCGAGUUAAUAAUCAAGAGAUUGCAAACUUUAUUGAUCCAACCACCAGUCAAGACUUGGGAGCCCAUUUAUAUCGACUACAAAAAUUAAUGUUGACACUGUUGCCUCGUUUCGUUAUAACAGACAAACUGCUUAAAGACAUCAAUCAAAUCGAAGAACGGAGCAGUUUUGGAGCAGAUACGGAGAAAAAUAAGCAAUUACAUGUGAAAUACGUGUUUCAAAUCGGAAGUAAUUUAAUUUUGUACGCAAGAAAUUGUAUCAUGAACCAUUCAACUGACCAUAAGUGUGUCAAUGUAAUUUUUUCCCCCAACAUUACUGAAGCUCUUCACACUGGGGAACCUGAGAGUUUGGUAAACUUGCAAUCGUCAUCACCAUCUUUGGGCAUUGUGGUAUCUCAAUUGAAAAAUUGUGUUGACUAUUACAACAGAGAAAAAAUUGUUUACGAUGGUCUUAUUAGACAAAAAAGUGCUAACGCAAACCUUAGUAUCGACCCAAGCUCUCAAGCACAAACGAAAACCCUACAAGAACGCAUUAACGAUAAGCAGAAUGAACUCAAAUAUUGCGUUUUUAUUAUUGAACACUGUCUGUACUUGUUAUGGGCUCACUUGGACUUUUAUAUGCUCAAAGUUGUGGGAUUCAAUCAAUCUUUUGGAAAUGAUUUGCUCCUUACUGCAGACCCAAAUGGAUGGAAAGUUGGAAUGGAAGACAUAAGUAGUUUGAAAGAAAAUCUCGUGUCCUUUAUCACGGAAAAUUUUUGUAAACAAUUAAUCAACACAACUACAGAACAGUCUGUCUCUGACAAAGGAUUCAUUGAAGCUUUGUUGCGUCGUAUUAAACGACUAAUUCAGUUUGUUCCAGUAAAAUAAGCUUUGAUAGAAAAAAAAGUUAUUAAAUAUAUUAAUGUUUUCGUUACGAUUAAAUUCAAAUAUAUUUUGUUUAUAUUUUUUGCCAUUUUAUAUCAAAAAUUAAAAAUAGAAAUGACUCUAAAAAAUUUAUGCGAAAAUAUUU